AUGCGUUUACAAAGCGGUGUCUUGUUGGCUGCGAGCAGCGUGCUGGCUGUUCUGGCUCAAGCGGAUGCCUCGCCCGUCGAUAAGGGAAUGUUUCGAGUGCGGAUGAUGCGUCAACAGGGGACGACUGAGGUUGUUGACACUGCGGCUACACCAUCUCUGGCAGCGAUCUCUCCAGCCAAUGCGACGACAACACCACUGCUGCCAACGACUCCACCUACCAAUGCGACAACGACACCACUGAUUGCGACGACUUCUUCCGUCAACGCGAUGACUUCUCCCGUCAACGCCACAACUCCAUUCUUGGCCUUGUCGGUAUUUGCUGAGGCAAAGUCCAGUUUAGCUGCGAAAGCGGGAGUUGCUCCUACGAAUACUUCUGAGGUCGCGAAGCCGUCGGCUGACGGUGUGACUUCAAAUCUCACAGAUGGCGCUCAUCUUUCAAGCCCAACCACGAGCGCGGCAGCCUCUGGUUGUAAGGGUUAUACCAUUGUUCAAAAUGAUAUCGGCGACGGCAUCGCUAAGGAACAUGGCAUCACUCUCAACGAGCUGCAAGAGCACAACCCUGGAGUCAAUCUGGAGAUAUUGCAGCCUAGUCAGACGCUAAUACUGCCUCCAUAUGCUACUGGUGCAGAUCUACAUGCUGCAGCAUCGUGUGGUAUCACUCUGGUUGGCCCGGCUCCCUCAUCCAGCACACCCUCUACGAAUUCCACGACACCUCUUCCUCCGGAGACGCAGGCGACGACUACUUCUGUGCCGCCAUGUGGCACUUUGUGA